AUGCCUCGCGGCAAGCGCGCCGUCGACUUCAUCGACCUAACGGGCGCAUCUCCUGAGCCCGUUCGGAAACGCCCUGCUCUAUCUUCACAAGCUCCCUUGUCCCGACCAUCUUUCAGUGCCCCCAGCUCCUCACAGAGGAGUCAGACCUCUUCUUAUCCUACUUCUACGCAGGAAUCAGACUACCUAGACUUGACCCAAGACGAUGACGCCUUGGAUAAGGAGCUCUAUGGCACCUUUGAUGCCAAAAUUGUGGGCGUUAGAUAUUACAACGGAUAUGCUUCGCCUGGCGAGGUCGUCUUGUGCCAUAGAGAACCCAGCAACCAGUAUGACAGCAACGCAAUCCGAAUAGACAAUGUGCUUCACCAGCAAAUAGGCCAUCUGCCUCGCACAGUCGUUUCCAAGCUCGCUCGCCAUAUCGAUUCUGGGGACAUUACGGUUGAAGGCCAAAUUAUAGGAGAGAAAGGCGUCUAUGACUGUCCCAUCAGACUGUCCUUUUACGGGCCAAGCGACCCUGCACAGCGCACCAGAAUUGAGAAUGCUCUCAAGGCAGACAAGUUUGUCAAGGCCACCCAGCUCAAGCAGACCAGAAAGGACGCCGAAGCACGUAGGGUGGCUCUCGGACUGACCCAAAGGGUCUCUACCGCCGGUGGCUUGGCCUCAAGCCAGGUGCCUCCCGUUCCCGAGAUAUCUCUCGAAGAAAUUCUCGAAUCCAGCGAUGCAGUCGAGUUCCGCAAUGGCGGCGAUGCUAUCAAGACGCUCGCUUUGAGCGAAGACGACCUGGCUAAGAUGCCACAGGCUGCCCAACCCAGCCAGCUCAAGUCUACGCUUCUGCCAUAUCAGCUACAGGGCCUCGCCUGGAUGCAAUCCAAGGAGAACCCCCAGCUUCCGCCCGUCGGGUCGGAUACGGUAACCCAGCUCUGGAGACGUGACAAGAAGGGUCGAUACUGGAAUCUCGCCUCGGAUUUCAUCACUGCCAAAGCGCCAUCGCUGUUCUCAGGCGGCAUUCUUGCCGACGACAUGGGCCUGGGAAAGACGCUCCAAAUCAUUAGCUUGAUCCUUACCGGUGGCCCUGGGUCAACUCUAAUCAUUGCUCCCGUCAGUGUGAUGAGCAAUUGGGAGCAGCAGAUUCGCAGGCACGUCAAAGAGGAGCAUCAGCCAAGCAUCCUUGUCUACCAUGGCGCCAAGCGGGGGUCAUAUCACAACCUCUUGGAAUACAAUGUUGUCAUCACCAGCUAUGGCACACUCGCCAAAGAGCUAGUCGAUGGCAACAAGACUCUCUUGGGUCAAAAGAAACCUUGGCGGCGGGUUGUGCUUGACGAAGGUCACACGAUCAGGAACGUCAAAACCAAGGCCGCUCUGGCAGCCUGCGAGCUCGCAGCUGAAUCCCGUUGGGUCCUGACCGGAACACCCAUCAUCAACUCCGUCAAGGACCUGCAGUCUUUGGUCAGAUUCCUUCACAUCACCGGAGGCAUCGAACAACCCGAAAUUUUCAGCAAUGCAAUCUCACGCAAACUCAUGUCGGGUGAUCGUAGUGCGGAAGCUCUUUUGCAAUCUUUGAUGCAAGACAUCUGUCUACGACGCAAGAAAGAUAUGAAAUUCGUGGACCUUCGGCUUCCCAAGAAGACGGAGUACCUGCACCGGAUCACAUUUCAUCCUGAAGAAAAGACCAAAUACGAUGCCCUACUAUCCGAGGCCAGAGGCGUGCUGGAGGAUUACCAAGCAAAGUCGAAGACCGGACAGAAAGGUCGCUUCCAAAAUGUCUUGGAGCGCCUCCUUCGACUCAGGCAAUCGUGUAAUCACUGGACAUUGUGCAGAGAGCGGAUUAACGAUCUUAUGCAGAUGCUCAAAGAAUACGACGUCGUCCCCCUGACGGAAAAGAAUCGCGCGCUGCUGCAGGAAGCCCUUAGGCUGUUCAUCGACAGUCAAGACGACUGCGCCAUUUGCUACGACACGCCGACAAACCCAGUGAUUACAAACUGUCAGCAUGUGUUCUGCCGCCACUGCAUCACCAGGGCAAUUCAACUGCAGGCCAAAUGUCCCAUGUGUCGCAACCCGUUGAAGGAGGACGACCUACUUGAGCCAGCUCCCGAGGGUACCUUUGACAAGCACUUUGAUACGGAGCAACAAAGCUCCAAGACGGAAGCAAUGUUGCAAAUCAUUCGAGCCACGCUUAAGAAUCAGGGCUCAAAGAUUGUCAUCUUCUCGCAGUGGACGUCGUUUCUCGACAUUGUCCAGAAGCAACUCCAGGGCGCAGGACUAAACUACUGCAGAAUCGACGGAAGCAUGAACGCGGAGAAGCGAGAUAAAGCCAUUGACGCGCUGGACAACGACUCUGAGACGCGCAUCAUGCUGGCCAGCCUGGCAGUGUGCAGCGUGGGGCUCAACCUUGUGUCUGCGGAUACAGUGAUUUUGUCCGACAGCUGGUGGGCACCAGCGAUUGAAGACCAAGCUGUCGAUCGAGUGCACCGUCUUGGCCAAACACGCGAGACCAAGAUCUGGCGCCUCAUAAUGGAGGGGACUAUCGAGGAGCGCGUGCUGGAUGUUCAGCAGGAGAAGCGGGACCUGGUGACCAAGGCGUUUCAAGAAAAGGGCAAGGCCAAGAAGUCUAAAGAUACGCGGAUGGCGGACGUGAUGAAGCUGCUUUCUUGA